CAGACAGAUGGCGUAGUUUGUUCACGGAAGAGGGUCAGUGGGAGGAGGGGAGCGAUGCUGAUGACGUAGACCUUUGGCGCGCUGCUGUUAAAAAUUCAAAACCUUUCGCCACAAACCGUUUAGAGCAGAACCGUGCUGUUUCAAUCUCUUCAACAGUUUCUAAAGAUCCGAAAUUGUGGCUAAGAGCGCUAGAAAAAAUAUUGUGAUGUCGUGGGACUUCUUUGUGCCUGUGUGCGUGGGUGACCUGGUGAAGACUGGGGGCAUUAACCAGUACGUGGUUCAGGAUGUCGUCUCCCCUAAACAACUUCCCUCCCAUCUCAACAGUUUCAAGGCUGCACUGAGAAGCCAGGGUCCAUUGUGUAUCCUGGAACACUUUGACACGGGUUACACUGUGCUGCAGCAUUGCCAUAAAGUGGACAUGAGUGUGAAAGAGGACACCCUGGAGUUACUCAUACAAGUGGUGAGUGGCCUGUCCGUCUCCCUGCCCUCCCUCCUCCUCAACGCCUCACUCUCCGCCCCGGACCGCAAGGAGCAACUCAAUGCUGUCAAAAUGAGUGUAUUCCUCCUCUGCAAGCUCACAGAAAUCCUUGAGAGUGACUCUUACAGGCAGAGUAUCGUCACUGCACCCAGUAAGGGCAGUAAGAAGGGGAAGGCUGCAGGAGAAGGUCUACUACAGUGGGACUCUGAGAGGGAGACGGUGCUGCAGGCUCUAACCCAGCUCCUUCAGCUGGACAUCCGCUCCCUUUGGAGCCUCUCUUUGGUCGAGGAGGAGUUCAUCAGCUGUGUGACAUGCUGCUGCUAUAAGCUCCUGGAGAACCCAACCAUCAGCCACGUGAAGAACAAGCCCACCAGAGACGCCAUCAUUCACCUGCUGGGGGUGCAGGUCAAGAAAUACAACCACCUUCUGGGUGCCAGUGUGAAGGUGAUCCAGCUGCUGCAGCACUUUGAGCAGCUCUCAUCAGUGUGUGCCCAGGCGGUGUCUGUGUGGAGCACUGAGUAUGGAGUCAAGGCUAUUGUAGGAGAGGUCAUGAGGGAGAUCGGUCAGAAGUCUAGUGAGGAGCUGGCCAGAGAGGGGUCAGGGGUCAAGGCCUUCUCCAGCUUCCUGUCUGAACUGGGCACCCUGGUCCCAGACACCAUGAUCCCCAACAUCAGUGUGUUACUCACACACCUGGAGGGCGAGAGCCCUAGUUUGCGUGUGGCAGUGUGUGAAGUGUUAGGAGAGGUUCUGGUCAGGGUCCUGAGUGGAGAUGGACUGGAUGAGUCUGGCAGAGCUGACAGGGACCGCUUCAUGGACACACUGCAGGAGCACCUACACGACACACACUCCUACGUCAGGGCCCGAGUGCUGCAGGUCUACACGCGCAUCGUCAACAGCAAGGCUCUGCCCCUGAACAGGUACAGUGAAGUGAUGGGGUUGGCAGUGGGAAGGCUGAUGGACAAAUCCAUCAAUGUGGUCAAGAGUGCCAUCCAGCUACUGGCUGCCUUCAUCGCGCACAACCCCUACAGCUGCAAGUUGAGCAGUGCUGACCUGAAGAAACCCCUGGAGAAGGAGACGGAUAAACUCCGAGAGCUUAGAGAGAGACUGCAGGAAAACGCACCUGUGGCAGUGAUCAAGGCCUCCGAGCUGUGGGCCGCUAUGGAGCCUGAGCUGCUCCUCACCGUCAGAGCCGAGCUGGAGCCCACCAGUGAGGGGGAACAGCAGGAGGGGGAGGAGGACGAGGCUGGAGAGGAGGACGACAGGGCCACCGCCGUACAGAUCGCCCAGUUCCUCCGCAUCAACAAAUACCGGAAUGCAGUGCGUCUGUGUGUGCGAGCCCACAGCUUGUUCCCAGAGUCUGAGAUGUUCUCGUCUCUGACCACUCUCACCCCCGAGACUCUCUUGGACACACUGGCCCUGCUCUUCAAAGGUCCUGACCAGGACACCUCUGAGAUCAGAGAGGACCUGCCUUCCACCCCCCAGAAGGAGGGAGCAGGGGAUGGGGGGAAGGAAGGGGUGGAGGAGACCGAGCUGAAGAAACAGGAGAUGCUGUUGCAGUAUCUGAAAGACACUGAGAGCUUUGCCCUGCAGGUGGAGAGAGCCAUCGCUGUCAUCAACACCAUGCUCUACUGGAAGACUACCUCAGUGGUCCAGGAGGCGGUGCAGUUCUGUGUGACAGUAUGCGAGUUCAGUGUGGCGAACUCUCUGACUGGCGUGAGGAAGAUGCUGCCUCUGGUCUGGUCUACUGACGCUGCCAUUAAAGAUGCUGUGGUGCAGGCCUACAGACGCCUCUACCUCAACCCCCAGGGAGACAACACCAGGGCUAAAGCUCAGACUCUAGUGGACAGUCUGUCUGAACUCAUGGUGGAUGCCUCUCUGGGGACAAUCCAGUGUCUGGAGGAGAUAGUCCAGGAGUUUUUUGGUGGUGGCAGCAGCCUGCAGUCCACGGUGGUGCAGGUUCUGUGGGAGAGGUUCACUGGCAAACGAGAGACCUCCAGCCUGCACAGACGAGCAGCAGUGCUGCUUCUGGGAAUGGCUGCACGAGCGGAGAGGGAGGUGGUCCUCAGUAACCUGGACACUCUGUGCUCUGUGGCUCUGGGAGAGAAGUUGACUGAAGACUUACUACUGGCCAGAGACUCAGUUAUCACCAUCUGUAACAUCACUGACCAUGUCAGGCAAUGCAAAGGAGCUCCAUUCAGACUGCCUCAGGACAACCAGCUCUUUACCUGCCUCACACAGGCCAUCGCUGAAGGUGUGGUGAUGGCGGACCCUCAUUGGCAGAGCUUCAUGGAGCAGGCUGUCCGUCUGCUGUACUUCCUGUCAGAGUCCCCAGACCAGCUCUGCUCCCGCCUCCUCCAGCGCUGCUCUCGUCUGCUAUUGGACCAGAUCGCGGAGGGCGGGGAGAUGUUAGCAAACAAGGAUGUCAGCCAGUUGCCGGGUGCAUCUCAGGACUCUGAGGAGCAGGGAGAACAAGUCCCUGCGGUGAGCUGCGUGUCCCUGGCCCAGCUGCUGUCUCUGUGUGGCUGCGUGGCAUUCUGGCAGGUGUCCCACCUGGAGCGCAGCGUCAGCACUGAGCUGCGGAGGAGGAGAGGAGAGACCGAAGAGAGGGAGGAGAAGGCGAAGGUACCCUCCCGUAAGGCCAAGCAAGCGGCCAAUGACAGUUCUGUGGAGGAAGAACUUGGGUUGAUGGGUGCUUCUGCUGAGGACACCGAGGCAGAGCUGAUCAGGAAGAUCUGUGAGACUGAGCUGUUGGCUGAGGAGAACCUGUUGUGCUCGUUCCUGCCCCUGCUGGUGAGGGUGUGUAGUUCCCCAGGGAGAUACUGCCACCCCCAGCUCACCACCGCUGCCUGCCUGGCCCUCUCACAGUACAUGAUGAUCAGUCCGUCAGUGUGUGAGGAGCACAUCCGUCUCCUGUUCACGGUGCUGGAGCGCUCCUCUCUGCCCGUCGUCAGGGCCAACGCCAUCAUCGGCCUGGGAGACCUCACCGUCCGCUUCCCCAACAUCCUGGAGCCCUGGACCCAGAACCUCUAUACCAGGCUGAGUGACGAGAACCCGGCGGUGAGGCAGACUGCGGUGACUGUUCUGACCCAACUAGUGCUGAAGGAUGUGCUCAAGGUCAAAGGUCAGGUCAGCGAGGUGGCUGUGCUGCUCAUCGACCCCCAGACACACAUCGCCAGCCUCGCACUCAACUUCUUCAACGAGCUCGCCUCCAAGGACAAUGCCAUCUACAACCUGCUCCCAGACAUCAUCAGCAGACUGUCAGACCCAGAGAGAGCCAUGAACGAGGAAGACUUUCACACCAUCAUGAAGCAGCUGUUUUCCUACAUCACUAAGGAGAGACAGACUGAGUCUCUGGUGGAGAAGCUGUGUCAGCGCUUCAGGACAGCAAAGACUGAGCGUCAGUGGUGUGACCUGGCCGUGUCUCUGUCUCUGCUGUCUAUGUGUGAACGAGGGCUGAAGAGGCUCCAGGAGGGUUGGGAGUGUUACAGUGACAAGCUGACUGAGACAGGAGUCUACCAGCCUCUCCUCUCCAUCACUGCUAAGCUACGCCGAGGAGCCAAGCCACAGCUCAAGGUCCAGGUAGAGGAGUUUGAGAAGCGUCUGACGGCGGUCCACACCCGGGGGCUGGAGAACGUAGAGAGCCCUGAGAUGGAGAUAAAACUGCCUGAGGAAGCUGGGUCCAGCCAGAACACCACUCACACGCCACUACCCAACAAGGGACGGGGUGGCAGGCCCAAGAGAGGUCAAGCCAAGCCCUCUGUAUCCAGUUGCCAUGACGAUAGCUUUAUGACCCCUAAACCAACCCGGAAGUCCUCCAAGAAAGCUGUUAUCACCUUCAGCAGUGACGAAGAGGAGGAGGAAGAAGAUGCUGUCAUGGCAGAGAGUGAGACACCAAAGGUGACCACACCCAUCGCCCGCACCUCUCGACGUGCUCGUCUCCGACACUGAUCCCUCUCCCUCUGCUUUUAGGUUGUAUGUCACAUGUUCUAUUGUUUUUGUCAUGUUUUUUCAUUUUUAAAAUAGCUUUUUAUCUUUUUAAUGUAGCUCUAUCUAGUCAGUACUAAAUACUCAUCUUUUUUUGUAGCUGAAUCAAGACUUUUAAUAAACCUUUGGUGUGAACCACACAACCGCUGUCAUCCGUGUGUGUGUUUGCAAGUGGAGUCAGAUUUAUGCCCUCAUUACAAGGAGUAUUGAAUGCCCUUCUCUUGCAAUUAUGUGUGUUUGGUCAGUGAAAUAGUGUGUUCAGGUUGGACUGUCCCAGCUUGGCUAGACACGGUUGCUACCAUUUGUACUCCUUCACUCUCUCUUCCAUGGUCCUAUUUCUGCCAGUUUUAAAUAUUCUGUAAUUAAACCUGUUAACCUAAAUCCUC